AUGAGAAAUUAAUCUGCAAAAAAAGAAACCAAUCAAAUAAGAAACAAGGUAUCCAUUAAGCCCAACAUUGACUUGCAAUAAUACAGCUUCCUGGCGAGCAGAAAGAAUUUCUAAAGUCUCACUUGCUCUACUCAACAGGAUUCUAGCAUUAGCAACAAAUAGCUUUAGUCACUUCGAUAACUUUCUCCAACUGAUUAACACGAAAAAAUAAAAGAUCAACCAACUAAGUUUUCUUCUCAAAGAUUGAUUAAAAUGAACUCAAGAGAAUUUUAGGACACCAACAAAAUUAUGAAAGGGAGUUUUUACAAAAAAAUAUCACCAUAAAUUAAUAUGAAUAAUGAUAAUAUUGAGGUUAACUUUGUUAGAGAAUUCAAUCUUUACAAUGAGUCUAAUCCAAUAAGAGAGAAUAAAAAAAAUUUAAAAAUAGAGAAAGAAAUAACUAUGUAGGAAGUAUUUAAUUCCAAAGUACAAGUCAAAAGUUCUCGUAAGCUUACUAAUGAUAAUGCUUAAUUUUAAGCAGCGGUAAGCAAGGGCAUUUUGAAUAGUUACAAAAAACUUUUCAUUAACUCUGAAUCGAAGAAUGAUCAAGUAUCUCUUGGAAAUAAAAAUCCACCAUUAAGUGCCAGAACAUAAAAAAUAAAUUUAAAGUAAUACAAAUGA